GUCUGGUUACUUUGGCAUAACCUGCUUGGGAGUAUUUGCAAAGAAGUAGCUUGUGUUAUAUAGACCUCGGGUACAACCCUUCAUUUCAAUCCUCAGGAGCUGUCUCUUGGUUGCAAACGCGGGCGAUCCAGGAUGCUUAACUAGAGCCUUAGGCGCAGUCUCCGGACAGGUCGUGUGGCCGAUAGGCUGCGAUGUUUCCUGGAUUCCAGGUUGAAUUGAACCGCCUUAUCCUCCUACCUCCACUGCCCAAAUGCUUGGAUUAGGAUGUCUCAGCCUUGUGCAUUUUACAGUCUUGAAACUGAAUUUGGAAUAGCUUAAAUAAUUUGCCUAAUUUUACACUAGAGUGAAUGAGAGAGAUUCUCCUCACCAACAAAGCAGUACUAGAAGGAAUCACACACAGGCCACAGUUCCAGGGUCAUGAUGCUGUCCAGACCGAAACCUGGAGAGUCUGAGGUGGACCUCCUGCGCUUCCAGAGUCAGUUCCUUGAGGCUGGUGCCGCUCCAGCAGUACAGCUGGUGAGAGGGAGUAGGAGGCGUGAUGGUGCUCAUCCAGACCAGCCUCCACUGCAGGACCAUCGGGAUGUGGUGAUGCUGGACAAUCUCCCAGAUUUGCCCCCAGCUCUGCUUCCCGCUCCUGCCAAAAGAGCUAGACCGAGCCCUGGUCGUCCCCUGCCUCACGAUGAAGACCCUGAAGAGAGGCUGAAUCGGCAUGAUGAGCACAUCACGGCUGUCCUGUCUAAGAUUGUUGAACGAGAUACAAGUUCAGUUUCUGUGACUUUGCCUGUGCCCAGUGGUGUUGCUUUCCCCCCUGUGUUCCAUCGCUCUCAGGAGAGACAGGUGAAACCAGCAGCAUCUGGUAAAAGGAGCAUCUUUGCCCAAGAGAUUGCAGCAAGGAGGGUGUCAGAAAACCGGGUGUCAUCAGCUGAGCAAGUUGUCCCCAGCCUAGAUGCACCAGAGGGUGCUGUGCCCUGUGAGACACCCUUCUCUAGGGACAGAAGUGACCAGCUUCCUGGGAGGACCCAUGGCUUUCACAGACCAAAUCUAGUCACAGGAAAGGGGCUCAGGAGCCAGGCAGCUGAGCAGGAGGUCCAAACAAUCCAUGAAGAGAAUGUAGCAAGACUUCAAGCCAUGAAUCCUGAGGAGAUCCUGAAGGAGCAGCAGCAGUUACUGGCUCAACUUGACCCCAGCUUGGUUGCCUUCUUGAGAUCUCAUAGCCACACCCAGGAGCAAACAGGAACAAAGGCCACCAGGGAGCAGAGCCCAGAAAGACCCUCAGUUCCUGUCACUAAAGAAGAGCCUAUCGUGUCAACUUGUACCGGAGAGUCUGGGCUGAGGGACAAAGUGGAAGGCAUGGUAGAGGACAAGCUGGAGGACGAGCUACAGCCAAGAACCCCAGCGCUGAAACUGCCCAUGACCCCCAACAAAGAGUGGCUACAUAUGGACACUGUGGAGCUGGAGAAGCUCCACUGGACCCAGGACCUGCCCCCGCUCCGGCGGCAGCAGACACAGGAGAGAAUGCAGGCUCGAUUCAGCCUUCAGGGCGAGCUCCUGGCGCCUGACGUGGAUCUGCCCACGCAUCUGGGCCUGCACCACCAUGGAGAAGAGGCAGAGAGAGCAGGGUACUCUCUACAGGAGCUGUUCCACCUGACCCGUAGCCAGGUGUCGCAGCAGAGAACACUAGCAUUGCACGUGUUGUCCCAGAUCGUCGGUAGGGCCCAGGCUGGUGAGUUUGGGGACCGCCUGGUGGGCAGUGUCUUGCGCCUCCUCUUGGAUGCCGGUUUCCUCUUCCUGCUGCGCUUCUCCCUGGAUGACAGGGUGGACAGUGUCAUCGCAGCAGCUGUCCGGGCUCUUCGUGCUCUGCUAGUUGCUCCUGGAGAUGAGGAGCUCCUUGACAGCACCUUCUCUUGGUAUCAUGGAUCUUCGGUGUUCCCUCUGAUGCCCAGCCAGGACGAAAAAGAGGAUGAAGAUGAGGAUGAAGAACUCACGACAGAAAAGGUGAAGAGAAAGACCCCUGAGGAAGGAAGCCGCCCUCCACCUGACCUGGCCAGACACGACAUCAUCAAGGGGCUCCUGGCUACCAACCUGCUGCCUCGGCUCCGCUAUGUACUGGAGGUGACCUGCCCAGGACCCUCUGUGGUCCUUGACAUCCUGGCUGUGCUUAUCCGCCUGGCCCGGCAUUCCCUGGAGUCAGCCGUGAGGGUCUUGGAGUGUCCUCGGCUGAUGGAGACCAUAGUUCAAGAGUUCCUCCCUACCAGUUGGUCCCCUAUAGGGGUGGGGCCUACUCCCAGUCUAUAUAAAGUGCCUUGUGCUGCUGCCAUGAAACUGCUUAGAGUCCUGGCUUCAGCUGGGAGGAAUAUUGCUGCCAGACUGCUAAGCAGCUUUGACAUCAGGAGCCGCCUGUGCCGAUUCAUAGCUGAAGCACCACACGACCUGGCCUUGCCACCUGAGGAAGCAGAGAUCCUGACCACUGAGGCCUUCCGCCUGUGGGCUGUGGCUGCCUCCUAUGGCCAGGGUGGUGACCUUUACAGGGAGCUGUACCCAGUGCUCAUGCGGGCCUUGCAGACACUGCCUACAGAGCUCAGCACUCAUCCCUUACAGCCCCUGUCCAUGCAGCGGAUGGCCUCUCUGCUCACUCUGCUUACCCAGCUCACCUUGGCAGCUAGCAGCACACACCCUGAGCCCACCAGUGGCUCUGCGAAGUCCUGUGUGUCAGCCAUCCCUUCCUCCAUCACCUGGACACACAUAUCUGGACUCAAGCCACUGGUUGAGCCAUGUCUAAAGCAGACCCUAAAGCUUCUGCCCAGACCCGAUGUGUGGAAUGCCCUGGGCCCAGUGCCCAGUGCCUGCCUUCUGUUCUUGGGUGCUUACUAUCAGGCCUGGAGCCAGCAGUCAAGCUUGUGCCCAGAGGAUUGGCUUCAGGACAUGGAGUGCUUGGUGGAUGAGUUCUUGCUGCCACUGCUGAGCCAGCCUCCACUGGCCAGUCUGUGGGAUUCCUUAAGGGACUGCUCCCCGCUCUGCAAUCCGCUGUCCUGUGCUUCCACCCCUGAAGCUCUCCCCAGCCUUGUGUCACUGGGCUGUGCAGGAGGCUGUCCCCCUCGAAGUGUGGCUGGCUCAGCCUCACCCUUCCCAUUCCUCACUGCCCUCCUCUCUCUCGUUAACAUUCUGGUCCAGAUCCACAAAGGGCUUUGUGGACAGCUGGCUGCUGUGUUGACUGCCCCAGGACUCCAGAACUACUUUCUCCAGUGUGUGGCUCCUACGCCUGCCCCACAGCUCACACCCUUCUCUGCCUGGGCCCUGCGCCAUGAGUACCACCUACAGUACCUGGUGCUUUCCCUAGCCCAGAAAGCGGCAACAUUGCAGCCAGAGCCAACCGCCAGCACUGCCCUCCAUCAUGCUAUAGCCUUGGUCCUGCUGAGUCGGCUGCUGCCUGGAAGCGAAUACCUCGCCCAGGAGCUGCUGCUGAGCUGUGUGUUCCGUCUGGAAUUCCUGCCGGAAAAUGCUUCGGGGGGUCCAGAGGCAGCUGACUUCUCCGAUGGACUGUCCUUAGGGUGCAGUGGGGACCCUCAGUGUAGACGAGGGGCUCUCCUAGUUCAAGCUUGCCAGGAUCUCCCCAGUAUCCGCAGCUGCUACCUGGCCCAUUGCUCACCAGCCCGAGCCAGUCUGCUGACCUCCCAAGCCUUGUACCGUGGAGAGCUGCUUCGAGUCUCAAGUCUGCUACUGCCUGUACCUAAGGAGCCACUGCUGCCCACUGACUGGCCCUUCCAGCCCUUGAUACAUCUCUACCACCGAGCUUCAGAUACUCCCUCUGGGCUGCCUUCUGCUGACACUGUAGGUGUCACCAUUCGGGUCUUACAGUGGGUGCUAGUUCUGGAGAGCUGGCGCCCCGAGGUCCUCUGGGCUGUGCCCCCUGCUGCCCGUCUGGCACGUCUCAUGUGUGUGUACCUGGUGGAUAGCGAGCUGUUUCGAGAGACUCCCAUACAGCAUCUGGUGGCAGCUCUUUUAGCUCGGCUCUGUCAGCCCCAAGUCUUGCCAAACCUCAAGCUGGACUGCCCCCUCCCUGGCCUGACCUCUUUUCCUGACCUCUAUGCCAGCUUCUUAGACCACUUUGAGGCCGUCUCUUUUGGAGACCACUUGUUUGGGUCUCUGGUCCUCCUUCCUCUGCAGCGUCGGUUCAGUGUUACCUUGCGCCUUGCCCUCUUUGGAGAGCAUGUGGGAGUAUUGCGAGCACUUGGCCUACCUCUGACUCAGCUACCUGUGCCUCUGGAGUGCUACACAGAGCCUGCUGAAGACAGCCUCCCUCUCCUUCAACUCUACUUCCGGGCCCUGGUGACUGGUACACUCCGUGCACGCUGGUGCCCCAUCCUCUACACUGUAGCUGUGGCUCACGUCAAUAGUUUCAUCUUCUGCCAAGACCCAAAGAGCUCAGAUGAGGUGAAGGCUGCCCGGAGGAGCAUGCUGCAGAGAGCCUGGCUGCUGGCGGAUGAGGGGCUGCGGCAGCAUCUCCUCCACUAUAAGCUGCCCAACUCCAGCCUCCCAGAGGGCUUUGAGUUGUAUUCCCAGUUACCUCGCCUGAGGCAGCAGUACCUUCAGACAUUGCCCGCAGAGGUGCUUCAGAAUGGAGGGUUCAAGACCUAGAGCACUUGCCCCCCAGCUAGAGAUGAGUAUUCUCCUGGGCUUACCAGUGAGCAUCAUGAGAAAAGGAAAACAAGGCUUGCCUUCCUGUGAGCACAUCGUUUGAGCCUUUUUUUAGAACAGAAGGAACUCAUAUUACAUCAUGAUACUGGAGCUCAGGAUCUGGGGGCACUGAGGACUGUGCUAGGAGGGAGGGUGGCUUCCCUGCAGUGGUCCAGGACAGCUCUCCUCACCCGCCUCCAGUCUUCACCAGGCCAGGGUGUGUGAUUACUGUGCUACUCCCUGAAAUAAAUCCUUUUCUAGUCUGA